GCCAGCGGUAUAUAGCCGGGCCCGAGUUCAUCGCUUAACACAGUGAGUCCUCAACUCUGAUUCUCGAUACACAUACAGUACAGUACUUCUUCGCCGCGUCUUGUAUCUGAGAUCAGCAUGGGGACGCCAGGAGCAGCAAUCAUCACGGACACAUUCACAGGCUCGUUGUUUCCUGGGUUUACCACUGGGGCAGCCACAGGAACAGGUAGCGCGAUUUUAUCUGGUACACUUUUGAGCGGUGCUGGUCUGGGUGUGUUGGCUGCCGCUGGAGUCAUUGGCAUAGUGAUGGCAGCCCAAGUCACUCAGACAUUCCGUAGUGGUAGACGUCUUGGCAGUAACAAGCGUAAGGCGUUAGACGAACAACGAUACCUGAACAGCCUGCUGGAACGGGUGCUGGCGCAGGACAGAACAAGCUGCGGCAAGAAACUCAUGUGCGAGCUUGAGGCACAGCCCGAGGACACUCUGCUGGAAGUGUCAAGGAACAUCUUGAACCUUGUAGGAUCUGUGGCGAAGCCUGGGGAAGGGCUUCUCCCUCCUGGUGCUGCUGGGGAGUACCUGGAAGCCAAGAAUCACGGCCACUUGGGGUUGGACUGUUCCCAAGAGUACCCCGCCUGCCCCUACGACGGCCAACACCUGAGGAACCUGAUGAUGACCUUCCUUCCUUAAGUCCCCCAGGCUGUCCCCCACCACCACCACCGCGUGUCUCGCCGCCACACUGCCUCUCACUACCCGCACUGUACAGUAUGAUCCUGUAUAUAAAACAUCCUCUCAUACAAUGGACAAACA